AUGAUGAAAUAAGACAUAGAUAAGAAUAUUUGGGAAUGGGUUUCUUGUAACUAUGAUGUAAAGCGUAUAGUAAAGGAUACUCAAACUUCUUGGAAUUUGAGUCCAUAAAUAUCUCUAAAGAUUCCAACUGAGAAUGGGACUGUUGACCCUCUUAUCAACUUAAAGAUUGAUUAAAGCAGGCCUUUUAUCUACACAGAGAAUUUAGGAUGGAAUUGGCAUAAGAGUUGGAAUCUUCCAGAUAUAGGAUUGGAAAUAGAAGUAUUAUUUAUUUUUAGUAACUUUAAAAAUAGAUUACAGACCCGUUGACAAAUGAGCGUCUUGCCCCUCCAAAUAAUAUUUAUGUAUCCAUCAAAAUUAUAGCAAGUGUAAAUUACAAAUUGUAAAGCCAAUCAUAACUCCAAUGAAAACUCAUCAUCUAUUAGAAGUAGGUGCUAAAGGAAAUCUUAAAGUUGAUAUGGAAAAUGGCAAAUGUAUAUUUUCUGGACUUAAGUUUAACACUACUUCUUAUAAUCAUGAUGUAAUAUUUAUUAAAAAUAGUAUCAAGCAUUAAAGAUUUCAUAUAGUUAUCACAUUAUAUUUAUGUCAGAGUAAAUUUGAGUUUCCUCAAAUCUUAGAUUCUCGUAUCUCUCCUCCUAUUUUUGUAGACUCACGUAAAUCUGCUAGAGACAUUGUCAAACAGAAGGUAAAUUUCUUUAUUAUUUAUUAGAUCUAAAAAUUGCAAUCUUAUUUCGAUCCUUUUUUACCAAAUAAUUUAGAAAAACAAUUUUUAAUUAUCAAACCAUCUAAUUCUGAAGUCAUUAAAAAUUCUAUUGAUGGUCUCAUUAAUUACUUUACUGCUCCUAAUAUUAGACAUAAGGUCAAACAUCCUAUUUUUUUGCUUCUUAAAUUCAGUGCUUGUAUCUAGUUAUAUAUAAACUCUUCUAAAAUUAAAUUUACAGAAGUAAAUUAUAUAAUAUUAUAUCUAGCCUGAAACUCUAAUCUAAACGUUACAACAUGUCCUAUCCACUAGUAAUGCAUUAUAAGGAAUUCAAAAAAUUGAACAAAAACUCAUUUUAUUAUAUAUUGAUUGUAAAACAAAUGAAACCAAAUCUCAAUAGAAUCUCAAAAAAAUUUAAGAAUUUCUUGAACCUCUCAAUAAUGAUUGUGUCCAAGUUAUUUUAGAUAUUCAUGAUGUUCCUAAAGGAUUUAUUCUAAUUGAAAAUUUAGUAUUUUUUAAAUUUAUCAUAGGAUGAAAUGCAAUUAGCCUACCAUAGAGUUUAUAAUUCUUUAUUGAAAUAUAAAAGGGAAGAUGAUUAAUAUGAUUAAGAAUAAUUAGAAGAAGAAUAUAAUGCAAAAAUUCCAGAAAAAAAAAAGAAAAAAGAACUUAAAGAACCUGAAUAACUGGUUAAUCCAGAAAGAAUAAGAAAAAUUAUUCAUAUUUCAGGUAAUAUACCUAACCAAAGUUCAAAUUCGAUGCCUGAACAAGAUAGUGUAUUCUUUUUAUAAAAUAUAUUACUAGAACCAAAUCAAAAUGGAACAAUUCUCUUUACCAAAUAAUAUUUCCUUGAGACUUCCACCCUAAGAAUAAUCCUAAUAGUAUUUGCAAUAAUAACAACUUCAAUAAUAAUAACUAUAAUAGAAUUUAGCCUUCAAUCCAAUGUCAUUAUGGUUAUAUCUAUAAAAACUUCCUUCAUGAAU